GUGAAUGUAAAAGCUUUAAAGAAAAAUUCAUGAAGUGUCUCUAUGACAAUAAUUUUGAAAAUGCUUUGUGCAGAAAUGAAUCGAAAGAAUACUUAGAAUGCAGAAUGGAGAGGCAGCUGAUGGCACAAGAACCACUGGAAAAACUGGGAUUCAGAGAUCUGCUGGAUGGAAAGUCGGAGGCAAAAAAUGAAUUUUGAUGAGAAGACCCGGGCAGUGUUGUGUGUUUGCCGGGUGGAGGGCAGCACACUGGCCCCUUGACCCUGAAGGCGUGCACGUGCUGUUCCCAGACGUCGGCUCCCAGGUGUCCCGAGACGCCCCCGGGAAGCCUGAGCAGAGGUGUUCCCUCCUUGGGUAUGUCUCAGAGUUAGGGAAGCAGCUUGUCUUGUGACACUCCCAAGUUAUUUUCCGAAGUUACAGUUCCUUUUAGAGCCUCGUUUUCCCUUGGAAGAGUGUUUUGUCAUUAAGUCCCUGUGUGGGACAGAGGUCCAGGGGUGGGGGGGUGAUGGAGGUGCCAGGGCGGGUUAUGGGCUCUCUCAGGCGGGGGUGCCAGGGCUCUGUCAUAUGGGCAGCUUUACCUUCAGGACUCUGAGCGCUCUUCACUUCAGACAUGCUGAAUGUGCACAAUUCCAGUGUGUUCUAAACAGAUACUGCCAGAAAAUAA